AUGUCUCAACCCAACACACCCGCCUCCAUGUCCUCCGUCUCCUCCUUCCAAUCCUUUCUCUCCGACGACUCCUACUUGGAGAAGCUCAAGCCCGUGGACGCGGGCUUCGUCGAGAUGAUGAAGGAGGUCAAGGCACUCGAUACCAAGAGGAGCAUUCUUGCGGAGCGCAAAGUCCAGUCUCACAUCCAGAAGCGCCGGGACCCGGCAGACGUUGCGAAUAGAGAAGAUUGGACGGAGAAGCAGACCAAGGAGUACGCCUCCUACAAGGCCUUGGUCAAGUCGCUUGCAGAUGCGAACAAGAAGGCCACUGCGUCGACCAACAUCGCCAUGGCUCGAGAUGACGAGGAGAGCUGCAAGAGGGCCCUCGCAGAUCAGAAGGCCAGGUCCGCUGCCGCCAUUCGGGCAGGAGAGGCUCGACUUGGGUUCAUGACCAGAUACCCCAACGCCUACAGCACUCCCUCGCACAGGAACCAUGUCAAGGCCGUGGAGGACAACCUGAACUCUGCCAAGCUGGCGCAGAGAGAGGUUCAGAAACAGCAGAAGAAUAUAACGAAGAAGGUCUGGGCCUCAGCGGUGUUGUGGCUCUAG